GAAAGAGGCUUCUUAUCUGGGACCUCCACAAGUGAGCUCUGAGUUUUUCUCUGGACGAUCUUCUCCUCAGUGAAACGUACUAUCUCCAUUUUUUAAGCAGAAGUUACAUCCCCGGAAAGGCUUUCUUAUUUUCACUUUAAUAUCACAUCCGCAGCUUCAUUCAUGUGCUGCUGAGCCAGAAAGAAGGAGAGAAAAAUGAAGAUAAGGCUGUCUCUGGCAGCGACUGCCCUCCUCGCAGUGCUACUAGUAUCAUCCGUCGAGGCCCAAGUUGAUGCACCUUCAGACUUGAGGUUUAAGAUUUUAAAUGAGAACACAGUGCAAAUGACAUGGGGGCUGCCCUCAAGUAGGAUAGAGGGCUUCCGACUACAAGUUGUCUCAGACACAGAUGAACCAUCACGAGAAAUAAACCUCCCUGCCUCUGCUACCAAGACGUCAAUCACAGAUUUGACUCCAGACGUGGACUACACAGUGACCAUCUCCUCAUAUUACGGACCAGAUGAAAGUCUGCCCCUAUCUGGCCAGAUCACAAUCCAAUCAAGUGGUACAAAUGGAGGUCCCAGGAAACCGCUGGUCACAGAUGCAGUCAAGUGCUCCUUCAGUGCCAUCACUGACCUGGUGUUUCUAGUGGAUGGCUCAUGGAGUGCUGGAAGGGAAAACUUCAAGUCCAUCCGUAUCUUCAUAUCAGCCAUGGCGGGCGCCUUUGAGAUUGGCGAGGACAAGACCAGGGUGGCCGUGGUACAGUACAGCUCUGACUCCAAAACCGAGUUCAACCUGAACCAAUACCACAAACGUGGAGAUCUCCUCCAGGCCAUCAACACCUUAACUUACAACGGUGGAAACACCAUGACAGGUGAAUCCAUGGACUACCUUUUGAAGAACACAUUCACAGAGGCUUCCGGGGCCAGGAAAAGCUUCCCCAAAGUAGCCAUGAUCAUCACCGAUGGGAGGUCUCAGGGCCCCGUGGAGAACUUUGCCAAAAAGCUGAGGAACAUGGGAGUAGAGAUCUUUGUCUUAGGGAUCAAGGGAGCAGAUGAGGAGGAGCUAAAACGGAUUGCUUCAACCCCCUACCAGACCCAUGUCUACAAUGUGGCCGACUUUAACCUGGUCAAGAAUGUCCAGAAAGAGCUCAUCACUCAUGUGUGUUCAGGCGUUGACGAUCAACUCAACUCACUUGUCAGUGGCGAAGAAGUUGUCGAGCCAGCCUCCAACCUCUUUGUUGUUGAGGUGGCUUCCAAGUCAAUGAAGGUCUCGUGGGACGCUUCCUUUGGAGAUGUUUCCGGAUACAAGCUGCAACUGAUCCCCAUGAUGCCUGAUAGAAAACGCCAGGAGCUGUAUGUAGGCCCCAAACAGACUUCAGUGAUGGUCAGAGACCUGUCCCCAGACACUGAAUACCAGAUCAACCUUUACGCCCUCAAGGGUCUGACUCCCAGCGAGCCAACCAUGGCCAUGCAGAAGACUGAGUCAGUCAAGAUCUCAUUGGAAUGUUCACUCGGAGUGGAAGUACAGGCGGACCUUGUGCUCCUGGUUGACGGUUCGUACAGUAUAGGACUAUCCAACUUUGCUAAGGUCAGGGCUUUCCUAGAAGUGCUGGUCAACACCUUUGACAUUGGUCCAGACAAGAUUCAGAUCAGCUUGGUCCAGUACAGCAGGGACCCCCACACCGAGUUCUUCCUCAACACCCACCACGACCUGAGUGCUGUGGUCAAGGCCGUGAGGACGUUCCCUUACCGCGGCGGCUCCACAAACACGGGCAGGGCCAUGACCUACGUCAGGGAGAAGGUGUUUUUGAAAAGCAAAGGGGCGCGCGAUAACGUGCCGCACAUGACCAUCCUCAUCACCGACGGGAAAUCUUCCGACGCUUUCAAGGACCCGGCCACGAAGCUGAGGAAUACGGACGUGGAGAUCUUUGCGGUGGGCGUGAAGGAUGCCGUGCGAUCAGAGCUGGAGGCCAUCGCCAACACCCCGGUGGAGACCCACGUGUACACCGUGGACGACUUUGAUGCCUUCCAGAGGAUCUCCAACGAGCUCACCCAGUCCAUCUGCCUGAGGAUCGAACAGGAACUUCACAACAUCAAGCAGAGGAAUCUUGCCGCGCCAAAGUCCCUGACCUUCUCCGAGGUGUCGUCGAGGAGCUUCAGAGCCGCCUGGGACAUCGACGUCACCAACGUGGAGUCCUACCUGCUCAAGUUCAGACCGGCCGCAGAAGCCGGUGGAGAAUUUGUGUCCAUGUCCGUGCCUGGGGACACCUUCACUGCUGUGCUUCCUCACCUCAGCCCCGUCACCAAGUACGAGGUCAACGUCUUCGCACAGUAUGACAAAGGGGACAGCCUUCCUCUGACGGGAUUUGAGACUACUCUCGAGGAACGAGGAUCGGCAGGGCACCUGAGGGUGUCUGAGGAGACCACAGACAGCUUCCGCGUGUCGUGGACUGCCGCUCCUGGGGCAGUGGCACGCUACCUGCUGACCUACGAGCCGGUUAGGGGGGACAGCGCCAGGCUGGAGACCGCAACUGUUGGGGACGAGACCACCCUUGUUCUGCAGCAGCUGUUUCCUCAAACCACCUACCGGGUGACGGUGACUCCAGAGUACCAGUCUGGCCCCGGGGGAGAGAAGCAAAUUGACGGCACCACCAAAGAAGCUCUGGGGUCUCCUCGCGACCUCCGCGUCUUCGACGAGACCGUGUCGACCAUGAAGCUGUCCUGGGAGGCGGCGCCGGGCCGCGUGCUCCAGUACCGCGUGGCGUUCCGCCCGGUCGCAGGCGGGGAGAUGAAGGUGGUGACGGUGAAGGGGGAGAACACCGCCACCCUCCUGAAGAACCUGCGGCCCGGCACCGAGUACGAGUUGGCUGUCAGUGCCCGCUACGCGUCCGGCCAAGGAAACCCUCUGGAGGGGCAGGGAACCACCCUGGAAGGCUUCUCCGAUCCUCUGGAGAUCGAUUUGUUCAUUGGAAACAUGUGUGUUUGUGUGUCUGUAGCCCCCACGGGGCCGCCCCAGAACUUGCAGGUUUUCAACGCCACCACCACCACCCUGUCCGUGAAGUGGGACCACGCCCCUGGCCCAGUCCAAAACUACAAGCUCACCUACCAGCCUGUGGCCGGAGGCAAGACUCACUCGACCCAGGUUGGAGGGAAGAAGAACAGUGUUCUUCUCCAGAAACUCAUCCCAGACACUCCCUACUCGGUUACCGUGGCAGCUGUCUACCCCAGCGGAGAGAGCAAAGACAUCUCGGGCAGAGGAAAGACCAAGCCCCUGGGUGGAGUCAAGAACCUGCAGGUGCUGGACCCCACCAUGACCACCCUGAACGUGCGCUGGGAGCCCGCCGAGGGGAAGGUCAAAGAGUACAAAGUCAUCUACGUCCCUGCUGCUGGAGGAGCUGAGGCAAUGGUAGGACUGGAGCAAGUGUCCGGGAGCACCACCAACACGGUCCUGAAAGCUUUGCAGCCAGACACCCUCUACACUGUGUCCCUGGUGCCGGUGUACGCAGAAGGAGAUGGCAAGCAGAUGUCAGAGAACGGGAAGACCAAGCCCCUGGGUGCAGUGAAGAACCUGCAGGUGCUGAACCCCACCAUGACCACCCUGAACGUGCGCUGGGAGCCCGCUGAGGGGAAAGUCAAAGAGUACAAAGUCAUCUACGUCCCUGCUGCUGGAGGAGCUGAUGCAAUGGUAGGACUGGUGUCAGUGUCUGGGAGCACCACCAACACGGUCCUGAAAGCUUUGCAGCCAGACACCCUCUACACUGUGUCCCUGGUGCCGGUGUACGCAGAAGGAGAUGGCAAGCAGAUGUCAGAGAACGGGAAGACCAGACCGUUGGGUGGAGUGAAGAAUCUAAAGGUGACCGACCCCACCAUGACCUCCCUGAACGUGGCCUGGGACCCAGCUGAUGGUGCUGUGCGCCAGUACAAGAUCUUCUUUGUCCCGGCUGAGGGCGGCACUGAGGAAAUGGAGCAAGUUCCUGGAGGCACCACCACCAUUGUCCUAAGGAACCUGAAGCCAAACACCCUCUACACCGUGAACGUGCUCCCUGUGUACCCAGCCAGGGAGGGCAAACGCCAGGCAGAGAACGGGAAGACAUUGCCUUUGGGGGGAGUCGGCAAACUGCAGGUGACCAACCCCACCAUCACAUCGCUGACCGUGAACUGGGAUGCGGCUGACGGGAACGUCCAGGGCUACAAAGUGGUCUAUGUUCCUGCCGCGGGGGGCCUGGAGAUUGUGGAUCACGUGUCAGAGAGCACCACCUCAACAGUCCUACAGAAGCUCCUACCAAACACGGUGUACAGUGUGUCUGUCAUCCCAGUCUAUGCGGAGGGGGAUGGGCCCAUCUCCUCUGACAACGGAAAGACAAAGCCCCUGGGCUUUGCCAAGAACCUGCAGGUGGUGGAGCCCACCACCAGCACUCUGAACGUGCGCUGGGACCCGGCGGAGGGCACCGUGCGCGAGUACAUCGUCAUCUGGGUCCCAGCUGCAGGAGGAGAACAGGAUGUGGACCAGGUGAGCGGAACCACCACCGCCAUGCUUCUGAAGAACCUGGAGCCCAACACGGAGUACACGGUGACUGUGGUUCCAGUGUACCACGAGAUGGAGGGCAAGUCCCAGUCCAAGAACGGAAAGACACUGCCCAUGGGUGGGGUGAAGAACCUGCAGGUCAUCGACCCCACCAUCAGCACCCUGAACGUGCGCUGGGAACCUGCUGUGGGCAAUGUGCGCGAGUACAAGGUCUUCUACGCCGCUCAGCCAGGAGGGGAGGAGCUAACGGAAGUGGUGUCGGCAGGCACGACCAGUACCGUGCUGCGUAACCUGGACGCCAACACCGUCUACAACGUGUCGGUGGUGCCCAUCUACCCCGACGUAGUGGGCAUACGGGCAUCCGAGAACGGGAAGACGAAGCCGCUGGGUGGAGUGAAGAACCUGCAGGUGACCGACCCCACCACCAACUCCCUGAGAGUGCGCUGGGAGCCCGCCGAGGGGGACGUCAGGCAGUACAACGUCCUCUACGUCCCUGCUGCAGGCGGAGCGGAGUUGACGACCCAAGUCUCUGGGAUGUCCACCAACACCGUUCUGAGGAACCUGCAGCCAGACACAAAGUACAAGGUGACGGUUGUCCCCGUGUAUGCGGACUUGGAAGGAAAACGCCAGUCGGAAAACGGAAAGACGAAGGCCUUGGGCGGGGUGAAGAACCUGAAGGUGACCGACCCCACCACCAGCUCCCUGAAGGUGCGCUGGGAGCCCGCCGAGGGGAACGUGCGCCAGUACCGCCUCUUCUACGUGGUGUCCUCUGGCGGCGCGGAGGAAAUGGAACAAGUGUCUGGGGGCACUACUAGCACCAUCUUGAGGAAUCUGUUGUCGAACACGCCCUACACGGUCACCGUGGUACCGGUCUACCCUGAGGGAGAAGGCCUGCGCCAGUCUGAUAACGGAAAGACCCUUCCACGCACGCCGCCCAAGAACAUCCAGGUGUACAACCCCACCCCCAACAGCCUGAACGUGCGCUGGGAGCCCGCCUCGGGGCAGGUGCAGCAGUACCGGGUCAUCUACGCCCCCCUGACAGGAGCCAAACCCGCCGAGUCUGUCCUGGUUCCUGGGAACAUCAACAACGCAUUCUUGGACUUGCUCAUUCCAGACACCCCCUAUUCCGUCAGCGUGCUGGCUCUGUACUCGGACGGGGAGGGGCACCCGGUGAAAGACAGCGGCAAGACCCUGCCCCGUGGUGGCCCUCGGAACCUGCGUGUGUUCGAUGCCACCACCAGCACCCUGACCAUCGGCUGGGACCACGCAGAGGGCCCCGUGCAGCAAUAUAAGAUAGGCUACGCCCCCAUGACGGGAGACCCCAUCACUGAGUUUACCUUCGUCCCCGGGAACAGGAACAACGCCUUGCUCCCGAAUCUGCUCCCAGACACCCCCUACAACAUCACUGUGGAGGCCAUCUACGCUGAGGGCCCGGGCGGUUCGCUGAAUGGAAACGGACGCACAGUGGGCCUGCUGGAUCCCAGGAACCUGCGCGUCUCGGACGAGUGGUACACCCGCUUCCGCGUGGCCUGGGACGCCGUGCCGGCGCCCGUGCUCGGAUACAGGCUGUCCUACCAGCCCGCAGAUAAGGACGAGAGCCUGGACGUGUUUGUGGGCGACGUGACGUCCUACACCCUGCAGAACCUGCUCCCAGGCACCCCCUACGACGUCAAGGUGACGGCCCAGUACACGGGCGGCACGAGCGGGGCUCUCAUCGGACAGGGCACGACACUCUACCUCAACGUGACCAACCUCGAGACGUACGACGUGGGCUUCGACAAGUUCUGCAUCAAGUGGAAUCCCCACCGGGCUGCUACGUCCUACAGGAUCAAGCUCAACCCUCUGCUCGCCUCCAGCAAGGGCCAGCAGGAGAUCACCAUCACCGCAGCCCAGAGCCACUACUGCUUCGAGGGCCUCUCGCCCGACGCCCUCUACAGCGCCGCCGUCUUCGUCCAGACUCCCAACCUGGAGGGCCCCGGGGUCAGCAUCAAGGAGAGAACACUGGUCCAGCCUACCCCGUCCCCAACUACCCCACCAACUCCUCCUCCUCCUCCCACCAUCCCCCCAGGAUGGGCUGUGUGCAAAGGUGCCAAGGCAGACGUGGUGUUCGUCAUCGACGGCUCGUGGAGCAUCGGUGACGAGAGCUUCAGCAAGGUGGUGCAGUUCGUCUUCAGCAUGAUUGGAGCUUUCGAUGUCAUCGGGCCCUCAGGAAUGCAGGUGUCAUUUGUGCAGUACAGUGAUGACUCUCAGACAGAGUUCAGGCUGAACUCCUACCAGGACAAGGGCAACGCCCUCGCUGCGCUGCAGCUCAUUCGCUACAAAGGAGGAAACACCAAAACAGGUGUCGCCCUGAAGCACGUCCAUGAGAGGGUGUUCGCCCCGAACAACGGCAUGAGAAGGAACGUUCCCAAGGUGGUCGUCGCCAUCACGGACGGCCGCUCCCAAGACGAGGUGAAGAAGAACGCCGCCAAGCUGCAGCACGCCGGGUACAGCGUGUUUGUGGUCGGAGUGGCUGAUGUGGAUUACGCCGAACUGCAGAACAUUGGCAGCAAGCCAAGUGACAGACACAUCUUCGUGGUGGACGACUUUGACGCCUUCGCCACCAUCCAGGACAACCUGGUGACUUUCAUCUGCGAAACCGCGACAUCGACUUGUCCAUUGAUUUACCUGAAUGGAUUCACAUCGCCAGGCUUCAGAAUGCUGGAGGCGUUUAACCUGACAGAGAAGACCUAUGGCUCUAUCCAGGGAGUGUCCAUGGAGCCUGGCUCUUUCAACAGCUACACGGCCUACAGACUCCACAAGAACGCUUUCCUCAACCAGCCCACGACGGAGAUCCACCCAGACGGACUACCUCACUCCUACACCAUCAUCAUGAUGUUCCGCCUGCUGCCGGACACGCCCACCGAGGCCUUCGACAUCUGGCAGGUGUCGAGCAAGGACCAUAAACCCGAGACCGGUGUCACCAUCAAUCCUGGAAGCCAAACAGUAUCGUUCUAUAACAAGGACACGCGUGGUGAGAUCCAGAGGGUCACGUUCGACAGCGACCCUGUGAAGAGGAUCUUCCAUGGAAGCUUCCACAAGGUCCACAUCCUGGUCUCCCCCACCAGCGUCAAGCUCAACCUCGACUGUCAAGAGGUGGCCACCAAAGAGAUUAAGGAAGCCGGAAACACGUCUGCUGAUGGUUAUCAAGUUCUGGGCAAAAUGUCCAAGUCCAUUGGGUCCAAAGGCGAAUCUGCAACUUUCCAGCUCCAGAUGUUCGAUAUUGUCUGCACUUUGGGCUGGACUAGCAGAGACAGAUGUUGUGAUCUCCCCUCCAUGAGAGAUGAGGCCAAGUGCCCCUCCCUCCCCAAUUCCUGCACCUGCACCGUAGACAGCGCAGGACCCCCGGGCCCCAUGGGACCAGUGGGCUCACCCGGUAGCAAAGGUCCUCGGGGUGAAAGAGGAGAUUCUGGCGCUGUGGGUCCAAUGGGGCCGCGUGGGGAUGUGGGACAACCAGGACCUCUGGGUCUGCCGGGCCCUCAAGGGCCAAGCGGCAUGUCUAUUCCUGGAGAAAUUGGUCGACCCGGGCCGAAGGGAGAGGCUGGUGACUCAGGCCUACCUGGGCAAAAAGGUCCACCUGGGCCUGCUGGUGCGAUAGGCCCAAUUGGACCAGCUGGACCAAGGGGACCCCAAGGAAAGGAGGGAUCCACAGGACCCAGAGGCCAAACAGGACCGAUGGGACCUCCCGGAUCUCCUGGAAACACUGGGACUGCAGGCCAACCCGGACAACCUGGGGACGCUGGACCCUCCGGGGGCGUAGGUGCAAAGGGAGACAAAGGAGAGAGAGGCGACUUUGCUCCUCAGAACAUGAUGCGGUCCAUCGCCAGACAAGUCUGCGAGCAGCUAGUGAAUGGGCAAAUGAGUCGAGUCAAUCAAAUGCUGAACCAGAUUCCCAACGGUUACAGCAGCAGAAACAACCCAGGUCCCCCUGGACCCCCUGGCCCCUCCGGCGGUCAGGGGCCCCGUGGAGAACCAGGACAAACGGGCCGGAAUGGCUUCCCUGGAAGUCCCGGUCAACCUGGCCUAAUGGGAGAGAGAGGCUCCGCAGGAGAAAAGGGUGACCGAGGAACCCCGGGAGCCGGACAGCGAGGACAGAGAGGACCACCUGGCCCACAAGGCGAGUCUCGGACAGGACCUCCGGGCCCCGCAGGUCCCUCUGGGGCCCGAGGGCCUCCUGGCCGCCAGGGCUUCGCUGGGAUUAGGGGGCCCCCUGGCCCCUCUGGUUACUGUGAUUCCUCUCAGUGUGUCGGCAUCCCUUACAACGGACAAGGAUACAGAGACCCAUACCCAUCUGAACCCGAAACCCACGUAGUCCCAAUCCAAGAGGAAGAGGAGUUCUCACAAAAUGAGCGUCGAAAGAGGUCACUAUCAAGAAAGGAGUCCAAACGGAUAGCAUCAUAAGAAAGGAUGUUCUUUCUUUUUUUUCUUGAUUUGUUUGUUGUUGCUGUGUUCACAUAUGCAUACAAUUAAGGGCCGUGCACAUUCUCACACUUAAAAGGGGUUUGAUACCUCUUCUUUAUUAGGAAGUACCUUAGAGCAUAUGCGAGUUCAUUCUUUUGUGGCGGGAGAGGGACCAAACAAAAAGCUUAGACUAGUCCACAGGAAUCUGUGAUCUUGCUUUCUUUCUUCCUAUUGUGCCUUUUGCUUGUAACAUAUCAGCGUUAACUGUUCAUCCACUCCCAGUGUCAGACAAUGCACUCUUCCUGACUAAUUCCAACUCUUUGUAAGCAUUGGAGAAAAGAAAAGGUUUGUUUAAUUCAUAGUAUUGGGAUAUCCAACGUGAAACCAAUGUGUUAUCAAUCCCAUUUCAUCCAGUAUGUCUGAUUAUAACUACAAGUCUUUUUAUAAUUUUUUUCAUCGUUUUGCCUUCAUUCUAACUUAAAUAAUGGCCUAUUGUUCAGCGUCUACCAAGAUGUUUCCAAUUGAGUACUGCAGUUAAACAUGGCUUCCAUUUUUUAUCUCUAGACAAAAUAUUUAUCAGUUUCCUAUAUCAAGUCACAGCUGAUUUUACCAAAGGUGGAAUUGCAUGUCUGUGGUGUAUAUUUAGUAAAUGUUUUAAUCAGAAUAUAGUUGUUGGCAUUGUUGUUUUAUCAAUAUCUAAUGCAGUUUGAAUUUGUAUGCAAAACUAUGGAUAUGGUAUUGCUACGUCAUGUUUUAACUGCAGAUCGUGAAUUCCACAGCCUUAUUUUCUUAUUUAUUUCUGAAACAAAAGAGGCAUUUUUCAAUAAAACUACUGAAAAUUUGAACCUGG